AGAAGACUUUGGCUUCUGAUAGUCAUGGACUCACUAGGCUGCUGAGGAAGAUCAAUAAUAUCUACUGGAAUCAGUCAUGAGAAGUCAAGCAUGGAAAUUGUGAAUUGAGAAGUGUGUGGCCAGACCAGUACCUCCAAGUGUCCAAAAGAUGUGUGACCAGCCAAAACACAGUCAAUGCUGCCCAGCAAAAGGCAAUCAAUGCUGCCCGUCAAAACAGAACCAGUGCAGCCAGCCAAAAGGCAAUCAAUGCUGCCCACCAAAACAGAACCAGUGCUGCCAGCCAAAAGGCAAUCAAUGCUGCCCUCCAAAACACAAUCACUGCUGCCAGCCAAAACCCCCUUGCUGCAUUAAGGCCAGGUGCUGUGGUUUGGAGACCAAGCCCGAAUGCUCACCGCUUAAUAUGGAGUCUGAGCCCAACUCACCACAAACUCAGGACAAGGGCUCUCAAACCCAGCAGCAGCCCUAUAGCCCACAAAAUAAGUCCAGUCCAAACAAAUAG